AUGCAGGAGCAGUUGUGGGGUUUGCUUCUCGGUCUUGGAGGGGGAGGAGAGGGAGAGGAAAGAGAAGAAGCCGAUCCUGACGCUGCCACCCACCGUCCCUCCUCAAAAAAACAUUUUUUCGAGUCCCAAAGAAGAGGUGACCCUUCCUCAGAAAAGGGAGGGGGUGAGUCAGUCGACGAGGAAAGCAGAAAGAAAUCUCCAGUGGUAGAGACCCCGGUGUGCCGCCGCCUGCCGCCGCCGCUGCCUCUUCUCUUCGCCCAGCCUGAGGGAGGAGCGCGGCCGGGAAGCCCCGGGAACGCCGCUCGCGCUGCCGCCGCUAACGCUGCCGCCGCCGAGACCGCGAGAGCCCCAAGCCGGAGGGUGCACGGCGUGUCCCCGGGCGGCUGCUGCGGGGACCCGGGCACGGCCCCAUCCUCCGCCCGCCCGCCUCGCUCAGCUCCCGCUCCUCCCCCUCGCAGCCGGCCCGCCGCCGCCGCCCGCCUCAGCCCAGCCCCGCGCCCGUCCGCGCGCGCGCGCACGUGCACCCGCCCUCCCCGCUUCUCGCCGGCGCGCGCUCCCGCCCCCGCGGCCCCGGCCGGCUAG